AUGGCCGCCGAGUCACAGCGAGAAGCCCCUCCGCCGCCGGCGUCGACCCACAGGCUUCCCGACUUCAAGCAAUCCGUUAAACUCAAGUACGCCAAACUCGGGUACCAUUACCUCAUCACCCAGGGGAUGUUCCUGUUCCUCGCGCCCGUCGGUGGCGCCAUUGCUGCCCAGCUCUCCACCCUCUCCCCCGAGGACGUCCGCGAGCUCUGGGACCACCUCCGCUACAACCUCAUCUCUGUCAUCCUCUGCUUCACCCUCCUCGUCUUCCUCUCCACUCUGUACUUCCUCACCCGGCCGCGCCCCGUCUACCUGGUCGACUUCUCCUGCUACAAGCCCGAGGACGCGCGCAAGUGCACCCACAAGUUCUUCAUGGAGCGGUGUAAGCAGACAGGCUCCUUCACGGAGGAGAACCUGGAGUUCCAGCGGAAAAUCCUGGAGAGAUCGGGCCUCGGGGAGUCCACCUACCUCCCGGAGGCGGUGCUCAACAUCCCUCCGAAUCCAUGCAUGGCGGAGGCUAGGAAGGAGGCAGAGAUGGUGAUGUUCGGCGCUCUCGACGAGCUCUUCGAGAAGACCCGUGUGAAGCCCAAGGACGUCGGCAUCCUGAUCGUGAACUGCAGCCUGUUCAAUCCGACCCCGUCGCUCUCCGCCAUGAUCGUCAACCACUACAAGCUCAGGGGGAACGUCAUGAGCUACAACCUCGGCGGGAUGGGCUGCAGCGCGGGGCUUAUCUCCGUCGACCUCGCCAAGCAUCUUCUCCAGGCGCGUCCCAACUCCUACGCCCUGGUCGUCAGCAUGGAGAACAUCACCCUGAACGGGUACUUCGGCAACAGCCGCUCGAUGCUCGUCUCCAACUGCCUCUUCCGCAUGGGAGGGGCGGCGAUCCUGCUGUCCAACCGGUGGUCGGACCGGCGGCGCUCCAAGUACCAGCUGGUCCACACCGUGCGGACCCACAAGGGCGCCGACAACAAGUGCUUCGGCUGCCUCGCCCAGGAGGAGGACGCAGAGGGGAAGAUCGGGGUCGUCCUCUCCAAGGACCUGAUAAGCGUCGCCGGAGACGCCUUGAAGACCAAUAUCACCACCUUGGGCCCCCUCGUCCUGUCGGCGUCGGAGCGGGUCAUCUUCUUCGCCACUCUCGUGGGGAAGAGGCUCCUGAGGAUGAAGAUCAAACCCUACAUCCCCGACAUCAAGCUGACCUUCGAGCACUUCUGCAUCCACGCUGGUGGCAGGGCGCUGCUGGACGAGAUAGAGAAGAACCUGCAACUAUCGGACUGGCAUCUGGAGCCGUCGCGGAUGACGCUCUACAGGUUCGGGAACACAUCCAGCAGCUCGCUCUGGUACGAGAUGGCCUACGCCGAGGCGAAGGGAAGGAUCCGCAAGGGGGACCGCACAUGGCAGAUCGCCUUCGGCUCCGGCUUCAAGUGCAACAGCGCCGUCUGGAGAGCGCUGAAGACGGUCAACCCAGCCGAGGAGAGGAACCCCUGGAUGGAUGAAAUCGACGGCUUCCCCGUGGAGGUUCCCAAGUUCUUGGUCCAAGAAGAUGCGGUUUUUGAUGCACAGGGCUUCUAA